CCUGUUGUGAUUUCAAAGCCAUCAUUUCUUUCAUCUUCGUUAUCCCUCUCUCCUUUCCGUUGCAGUUCACCUUCUAUUAUGGCGACCAACACUGUUCUUGUUACCGGCGGAGCCGGUUACAUUGGCAGCCACACUGUUCUUCAGCUCCUGCUUGGCGGCUAUAAGGCUGUCGUCGUCGACAAUCUCGACAAUUCUUCUGAAAUUGCCAUCCACAGAGUCAGAGAACUCGCCGCUGAAUUCGGGGAUAAUCUCUCAUUUCACAAGGUAGACCUCCGGGACAGAGCUGCUCUUGAGCUAAUUUUUUCUGCUACACAAUUUGAUGCUGUUAUACAUUUUGCUGGGCUGAAAGCUGUAGGAGAAAGUGUGCAGAAACCAUUACUCUACUAUAACAACAAUCUGAUUGGUACAAUUACUCUGUUGGAAGUAAUGGCUGCCCAUAAUUGCAAGAAGCUCGUAUUCUCCUCUUCAGCUACUGUAUAUGGUUGGCCAAAGGAGGUUCCAUGUACAGAAGAGUUCCCUCUCUCUGCAAUGAACCCAUAUGGGAGAACCAAGCUGAUCAUCGAGGAUAUUUGCCGGGAUGUCUACCAUGCAGAUCCUGAAUGGAAAAUGAUAUUGUUGAGAUACUUCAACCCUGUUGGUGCACAUCAGAGUGGUAAUAUUGGUGAGGAUCCUCGGGGAAUUCCAAACAAUCUCAUGCCAUUUGUUCAGCAAGUAGCUGUUGGCAGACGCCCUGCCCUGACUGUUUUUGGGAAUGAUUAUAAUACAGUUGAUGGCACUGGUGUUCGUGAUUACAUUCAUGUUGUUGAUUUAGCUGAUGGGCAUAUUGCUGCAUUGAGUAAACUAAAUGAUUCUGAUAUAGGUUGUGAGGUGUACAACCUGGGAACAGGAAAGGGAACUUCAGUUUUUGAGAUGGUUAGAGCUUUUGAAAAGGCCUCUGGAAAGAAAAUUCCACUUGUGAUGGCUGGCCGAAGACCUGGUGACGCUGAAAUUGUUUAUGCAUCUACAGAAAAAGCAGAAAGGGAACUUAAGUGGAAGGCAAAAUUUGGCAUUGAAGAGAUGUGCCGUGAUCAAUGGAACUGGGCUAGCCAAAAUCCUUUCGGUUAUGAAUCACAGGAGUCCCCCAAUUAACUUUGUUUAAUAUAUAUUCUUUGUUUUCCCUUUUGUGAAUCCUGUCACACCAUAGGCUAUAUAUGAAUUUAGGAAAUCCCUUGGCUCUUUUUGUAAUUUAAAGCUGGCAUAUUCUUAUUAUUAUUAUUUCUAGCUACAUGAAAAAAAAAAGUAGUGGUUUACUGUAAUUAAAGCUUUUUUAGGUUCUUUUUUGCAGGGGUCAUUUAGUGAGGUAGCUCAUAUAGAACACCUGUAUAUCUGAACAACAUUUUUAUAUAUAGAAUAUCACUAACAGCUCCAUUCA